AACUAUUAGUAUCAUUAUCAGAAAAUGCUAUAUCUAUUCUUUCACAAUAUUAUAUAUCAUUAAAUAUCUCUUUGAUACAUGAUAUAAUGGAACAGUCACUUGAACAAUCACUUGAUAUAAAAAUGUUGAACAAUAUACCUACAUUUUCAGAACUAUUAGCAGAAUUAUUGCUAGAAAAUGUU